AAAAACGAGAGAAUGCGAACCACAUACAGUAGUCAUCAGAACCGUUAAGUCCGGCGGGGCGUAGAUGAGAGACAAGCAGUCCGUCGCAGCGCACCGAACUGACGAUGGCAGCGUCCAGACCGGGCACUGGGCGUCUUGGCUGUCGCUCGUCGCUCUUCUGCGCGGCCUGGCGAGCCCAUGAUACGACGACGACCUGCGUCUGGCGUCGACCGGCCGCAGCUGAGCGCGCCUAGACUCGAGCAAAUGUCUUGGAUAAUUUCAACGCGCAACAAAGACUCGCCCGCCCGUCCCAGCCGUCAUAUUCCCGUCACUUCAUCUCGCAGACCCAGCACAGCGGAACCACCUCACCCACCCCGUCGCCUUGUGUCCCGGCGGUCUGGGUCCCGGCGAACCAUUGCCGUGUGCUGUCACCAUCGCCAUGGGCCCCCGUCAACAUGGGUCCUUGGACACGGGUCGUUGGGUCUGUCCCCGGCAGUGAUGACGACCAAACGACGGCGCUCACACCAGCACACCGGCUCCCCACACAGCCCACCACAGAUGCCUCAUCCCGAGGACGCCUCCCCGUACCGCAUCCCACCGUCUCAUUGGCCACGGCCGCGUCGCCAAGACCCGAGACGGCACAAGAGCGGCGGCCCAGCAUACCGGGGCCUCAGGGAUGAGGUGACAGCGGCCGGGCGGCUGGGAUCCGGGCGGCCUGCGGUAUGCGUGGCUUGCGCUGCCUUCUCUUUUCCCUCCUGCGAGAGGAGGAGGAGAGCAAGGGGAGUGGCCGGCAAACAUGUUGGGGGAGCCUGGUCUGCCGUUGCGCCAAUCCGUGCCCGUCCAUCCCGUCUGUCACCUUUGUGUGCUGGACCAAGCCGUCGGGCUUAGCUGGCAGAUUUGGCCUUGUCCUGCUCAUGGUAUAUAAGUCGGACGCCCCGUUCCUCUCUGUUGGGCUCGAGCCUCGUUGCAGGUCAACGUCUUUUCAGGGGCGCAAUGGUGCGCAGUAUCCCAUCUGUUACUCAAUCAGCAUCUGAUUCCCAUAUCCUUGAUUCAACCUCAACAAUUUUGUCCUAUCCUUUCGCCAUGGACGAUUCGUGCUUUCUCGGCAUUGACUCCUCCCGUCCUUCACCACCUCCUCGGUCCAGCAGCUCCAGCGAGCCCUCCAACCGCGGCAG